CUUCUCUCCUACAUAGUCUACCUGUGUACCAACCCCGGCUUCGUUCCUGACCUUGCUUGUCUUCCGCCUGUCCCGACUUCAGCUUGUCUUCUGGAUCUCCUAGUCUACUUCCAUUGCACCCUUCUCCUGCUAGCGGUCUCUUCUACCACAGCUGGGUGUACCUGGGGGCCGCGACCUGGUUCCAGCCUGCUCCAAGUCCAUCCCCACCAUCAGGGGCUCUAGUGAACAAGCAGGCUGGGGCUUAG